CCAAUGAGAAUAACCCCGUAAUUCGUUCAAGUAUCAACGCCAUGAAUGGUCACGACAAUUGGCCAUGCCCAGCUUGAAAUCGCGUUCACCAUGGACACCUUGACGGACAAAAUGGAGAAGAUUGAUUUUCACCAUCCUUACAUGCCAUACGACGUCCAGAAAGAAUUCAUGUCGACGGCAUAUCAUGUUCUCAAGCAAGGCAAUGGCCAAGUCGGCAUCCUGGAAAGUCCGACAGGGACGGGAAAGUCGCUGUCACUCAUAUGUGCAGCCUUGACAUGGCUGCGAAAUCACAAACGAGAAACCUUUGAUGUCUCAAUCGAAGAUGCCGUGAAUGGUUUCACUGACGAGCCGGACUGGAUCGUUCAGCAGAUGCUCAAGAGGAAACGGGACGAGCUCACUUCGGCAUGGACCGAGCGAGAGGCCCGACUCGAGAGUAUCCGGGCAAGGGAGAAGGCAUUCGAAGCUCGCGGAGCGAAACGCAGGAAGAUGCAAGAGGACAGCGCUGGCGGUCACCAUGAGCCGACAGAAGACGACGAGUGGCUCCUCGCCGACAAUACGGCGGACUCGCAAGAAGAUGCAGGCGGUCCAGGGUUCAGUAAAGAGACCCAGGCAUUGAUGGCCAAGCUUGGUAUGGGACCACUCAAGAGCCAAAAUGAUGAGGAGGCGGCGGAUACAAAUGAGAUCAAAAUUUAUUACACGUCCAGAACACAUUCACAACUCACACAGUUUGUCGGCGAAUUGCGACGGCCAAACUUUCCGUCAUCUCUGCCAGACUCAAUUCGUGAACAAAAGACAGAAGGCGAUGCCGAAGGUGUCAAGCAUCUGCCAUUAUCAUCCAGGCAACGUCUUUGCAUCAACCCGUCUGUCUCGCGCCUGGGUUCCCUUGCAGCCAUAAACGAUCGCUGCUCCGAGCUACAGCAGUCAAAGUCCACCACGAAAUGUUCGUUUGUUCCUGGUGCCGACAACCUUAAAAACACUCAUCAGUUUCGUGACAACGUUUUGGCCACACUGCCCGAUAUUGAAGAUCUCUUCGCCCUUGGCAAGAAGUUCCAAGUAUGUCCGUAUUACGCCUCUCGAACGGCCAUUCCCAGUGCAGAGAUUGUCACGCUGCCUUAUCCACUGCUGCUUCAGCAGACGGCGAGAGAGGCGCUUGGGAUAAAGCUCGAGGGCAACGUAGUCAUCAUCGAUGAGGCCCAUAACAUCAUGGACGCCGUGUCGAAUGUCUACGCAGCAGAGAUUAGUCUGAGCGACCUCAAACGGGCGAGGCAAAUGCUUGGAGUGUACGUGAAGAAGUUCGGCAAGAAGCUCAAAGGCGAGAAUCGUGUCAUGGUUGCACAGCUCGCGAGGGUCGUUGACGGUCUUAGUGCGUGGCUUGAUGAUGCCAUUCAACUCAAGACCGACCAAGGCAUCGUCGACCCCAAUGCCCUCUUGAAAACUAAAGGAGCCGAUCAGAUCAACUUAUAUCAGCUCAUACAAUACGUGCAGACCUCGAAGCUCGCGUACAAGGUCGAAGGCUACGUAGCUCAGGCAGAGUCUGGAGAAGGAGUACCGAUCAAGUCAAGCUCGACGCCAGUCCUGCACACACUGGUGUCGUUCCUGAUAUCCCUCAACAAUCCCAGCUCGGAGGGCCGGAUCUUCUACCACAAAGACAUACGCGACAUCAAGCUCUCGUAUCUACUGCUCUCCCCAACGCACGCAUUCUCGUCCAUAGCGAACAGUGCGAGAGCUGUGAUCCUGGCCGGCGGCACCAUGUCACCCUUUGAUGACUACACGGCACAUUUGUUCCCGGAGCUGCCCAAGACCAAAGUCACCACGCUUAGCUGCGGCCAUGUCAUCCCGUCAUCUAACUUGUGUGUGUGGACCCUCGCAUCGACGAAGCCGGCGUCAGACAGCAGUGGGGUGCCUUUCGAGUUCAGCUUCCAGCGAAGGGGCGACAAGGCCAUGGUCAGAGAGCUUGGCCUGGCGAUCCUCAACAUCUGUACCAUCGUACCAGAUGGCGUCGUUGUUUUCUUCCCUAGUUAUGGCUACUUGGAUGAGGUUGUGGCUGCGUGGUCCAACCGCGGACCUGGGGAGCCAAAGUCGAUCUGGGAGCGCCUGCAGGCGAAAAAGGAGGUCUUCAGCGAGCCCAAGGGAGGGUCUAUUGACGAGGUUCUGGAUAAGUAUACGAAAGCCAUUCUCGGCGAAGGCGACGAGACAAAACCGCCUUCGAAGUCAUUGUCGAGCCUGGGUAGCGGCAGUUCCACCCGCCCACAGCAGCCAAAGACCACCAACGGUGCGCUCCUGCUCAGUGUGGUGGGCGGCAAGAUGAGCGAAGGCAUCAACUUCUCCGAUCGCCUGGGCCGGUGUGUCGUCAUUGUUGGCCUGCCAUAUCCGAACAUCAAUUCGCCCGACUGGAAAGCACGCAUCGAGUACAUCGAGUCGACGACUCUGAAGCGGCUCACGACUCCCGCAGCGGAAACAGAAGGCGGUGAUCUCGGUGCAGGACGGCAGCCAGCGAUGCCCCGGAACGAGGCUCUGGCCGUGGCAAAGCAGGCGUCGAGGGACUUUUACGAGAACGCGUGUAUGCGGGCGGUCAACCAGAGCAUCGGCCGCGCCAUCAGGCACAAGGACGACUACGCCUCGAUUGUGCUCGUGGAUCGAAGAUAUGGCACGCCUAGGAUACGAGGGAAGCUUCCCGGCUGGAUCCAGGGAGGGCUGGUCGAGGGAAGUGAGAGGGGUGGCCUUGGGCAGAUGAUGGGCAAGUUGAGUGGGUUCUUUAGAGGGAAGAAGACGUAAGAGAGACCGUUCUCUUCUGUCAAGAUUCGAGCUUAUUCCGGUGUAUCCAAAAAGUCGCGUAGUCAGCUUAAUGAUUUCGGCGUAGGCCAUGAAGCAUAGCAAUGGCCCCACUGAUUGUCUCGAGGC